GCAUCGCAUGUCGCCCCGCAGGCGAUGAGCCGUGGAUGGCGUCGAGAUUGGAACUGAAGGCCAGCAGCCAACCUGCUUUCGGACGGCGAACUGCUGUUCGGUUCCCAUGUUGACCUUUCCAAAACUCAUAGCGGGCAGAUAUUCGUAGAUGGGCUGCAUGAUCCGCGGUAACCCUUGUCGAGGGGUCAUCCCAUCUCAAAAGACGAAGCACAUGGGGUUGGGCAUGAAGCUGGAGUGUUGCCAUCUUGCCGGAGCGUGCGAAGCGGGAACCUUCAGUCUUCUCGAACGAAGUGGGACGCGAGUUGGAGGCUUGAUGCCGGCUUGAUCUAUCCGUACGAACCCAAUGGGCCAAUUAGCCAGUUGCACCGAGAGUCCGCUGCGGCGCCACCUGCCGUUGUGCUCAUGCUGGCUAGAUUCCUUGCAAAAGAACGUCUGGGCUGUCGAGAAGGAGAGCUCGAGCUUCAGGUGAAGUCGGGUUCGGGUGUCACGUCAAUUGCCAGGCCGAGGGCAGAUCCCAGCGUGCAGGAGAAGCUAGAGUAGCUAGAGGCGGAGAUUUGUAUCCUGGAGACGGGAGAACGUUCAUGUACUUCGUAUAGUAGAAUGCGAAAUAGCGAGAGGAUGUUUAGAAGAAAAUGGAACGUUGACGAGCAAAGCGAGAGUGUAUCCGUCCGUAGAG